CCGCCCACCUGGGCGCCGACGGGACGCGCUCGCGCCGCCCCGGCCGGUUUUCUGUGUCGCCGCCGCCACGUCAGCCACCACGGACCCACGGCCGCUGGUGCGGCAGCCGUUGGAGCUGCAGCGGCUCAUCAACAGCAUCCCGUAUCGGAAGCUCUGCCUCUGGGCCAGCGUGGCGCUGUUUCUGUGGCCCCUACACGAGUUUUUCGGGGUGGGUGGUCGGGGCGCUUUCAGGCGCGCAGCGGGGAGGGCGGGCCCUGCGGGGAAGCCGCGCGGUGCCGACCGCGUUAAGCUCGGCCACAGCCCGGUCAGAGGCGACAAUCAUGGCAACCUGCCGUACCCGGGCUCCCUGGGCGCGCGAGCGCGCGCGCGCGACAACAGCAGCAGGAGGGGCAGCGUCGUCAGCGGCGGCGGCAGCAGCAGCAGUUGCGCCGGUCAACGUCCCAGGCUCUCGCGCGGCAACAGCCGCGGCGGCCGGCCCCUGUCCUGA